UAUUUACAUACAUUUUCAUUGUUGAUAUUAUUAAAUAAAAUAAAAAUGAGUGCAUCGCUGCAAUCGCCUGUCCUUCAGCCCACAUUGCAUCAGCCACUCCACUCAAAAGUCUCAAAUUAUUUAAACAAUCAACGACGCACUGGACAAUAUUGUGAUUUGCUGCUUGAAUUGGACUCGGAUGAUGCAGCCUGCACUUGCAGCGUUCAUUUUUGUGUUGUGGCUGCUCAAAGUCAGCUCAUAGGUCUCAAUCAGCAGAAGCAACAACAAUUUUCCAUACAAAAUCCGUUAAAGGUUACGAUACGCAACUUCAGCUGCACCGUUUGCCUGCAUACAAUUGUUGACUUCUUCUAUGAGGACAUUGUAUCCGUGUCAAAGGAACACGAGUCACAUUUUCGCGAGUUGGCCAAAAUAUUGUCUGUUACUGAGCUCUUGAAUUUGUACCAAAUUGAACAGGUUAGCGACGACAGCUCAGGUAUUGAGCCAAAAGCAAUGGCAGCUGGAGAUGUUGAAAAUAGUAUUCUGCCACCUGCCAAAAAGCCCGAUGUUGUAUUUGAAAAUCAACAAAGCUAUUUUAAGCUAAAGAAUCCGCGUGCCGUUAAGUCCAGUAGCAAAAUCAAUUACUGUAUAGGUUGCGAUUUUAAAUGCUACCAGGUUCAAAAGAUGAUUGACCACAUGACCAGUUGUGAGCCAUCGCAUUUAACGUGUUCGCUCUGCGAAGUUGGUUUUCUGGAUUGGCGAGUGUAUGACGCUCACCUCCGUCGACAUGGCUCUGAUAUGCGCAAGCCCUUUUUCUGCCUGCAGUGUGAUAAUCACUUCAGCACUCGAGCUGCGUUGCUUAUCCAUCAGCCGAAACACUCGACAGAAACGCCGCAUGUCUGCACGCAUUGUGGCAAGGCUUUCAAAUGGAAGCAAGGACUUAACAACCACAUGUUGGUGCACAAACCUGAGAAGCAGAUGCUCUGCGACGUCUGUGGUUACAGCACAACUCAUAUGAAGGCUCUCAAGAGUCACAAACUACUACAUACCGGCGAGUUCUUUGCCUGCACCGUUGCGGGCUGCAAACAUCGAGCGAAUCGUAAGGAAAACAUGAAGCUGCACAUUGAGACGCAUAAGCAGGGACGCGAUUUCAUUUGUGAAAUAUGCGGCUGCAAGUUCAGCCAGAGUAAGAAUCUCAAGCGACACGCACUGAAGCACACGGAGGGUGGCCCAAAUCGUUACAAGUGCCAGUUGUGUGGCUUCAGUAGCCAUCGCUCAGACAAGAUGAAAGAGCAUGUGCAGCGUGUUCACACGGAAAAGGCUGUACAGCUAGAACUGUCGGAGACAGUCGACAGCUCUUUUGAGAACAAAAUGCCCGAUGAUUUCGCUUUGCCACCGAUUGACGCAUUGCCAUCCGCAGGAAAGGACAUUAAGGCCACAGAGCAGCAUAAGAAUUACCGCAAAGUCACAAGAGAAGUUCCAACAACGGUUGUAAAGCGCCUAAAGACGCUGUUACCAAAACAAACUUUUGGCGAGAAUGGGAAAUGAGGAGUACAAAACAAAAUGUAAUUGAAUUGAGAAGCCAAGCUAUUGAAAGACCGGCUACAUUAGGUUUAUUAUAAUUAUUGUCUCAAUAACUUAAAAGACAGUUGAAUGUAUCCAUCUUCAGAAAAAGAAUUGAAGAGCUGGUCAAAUGAAAUUGAUACGUCAAUGAAAUGACGUGCCUUAAACCUAACAACUGGCUAACAGUUUGCAGCGACUUCAGCUUGAUCGAAAGAGAGAGGGCUUUAAAGAGAAAGAGUACGACAUACCGAGAGUACUCAAAGCUUUCGUUAUUCAUAUGAAAUGCAGCCACAACCAUUGUAGUUUGAUAUUUCAAAUCGAAAAGACGUGUCCUCAACUAAAAUACAACCUAAACUCAAACGUGUCUUUGGCAUCAUAAAACAA